AUGAGCUCGUAUACCGACCAAGAGUAUGCGUCCGCGUCGACGGCGCCGCACAAUGUGGGUGCGGUGGCAGGGACGACGCGCAAGCGCAUGCACUCGGUGCUGCGCAAGUCGCACUUCGUGCUGGAGCCUUCGACGGUUGCUGCGCACGUGUUCGAUGCAGUCCCGCGCAAUGCGUCGUUCGACACGCUGCGACCCAUCCUCGCGCGUCUCCCACCUGCUCUCCAGCCACAACAGCCUGAGGAUGGUGGCGAGGAGGAGGGGGAGGGGUAUGGUGGUGAUCACUCGGUCAUGUACACGCGGUCUCGACUGGCGUCACUCGACGACGCGAGUGUCGAGCUCUGGCGAGCGCUGCAUUCGUUCCGACCGCUCACACAGGACUAUGCGUCCGGAUAUGCCGUCUCACCUCCCCACCCCAUCUCGCCCACGGCGAGCGCAUCCGAAUGCCCCGUGUUUGCAUCGGCAAGUGCAGCAUCACUAGCCCGCUUGGAGGCAGCGUUCAACUGGUCGAACCUCACGCUGCGGACCGAGGUGGAGCGCGUGUGGUAUGGUGUGCUCUUCCUGAGCCUGCGCAAACGCGGCUCGGAGUCGGUCUCGUUCUACGAGGCGGAUAGACAGGCGCACGAGGAAGCCACGCGAUCCGGAGGCCUCAUCAUGUACUGGUACGGAGCACCCCACCCCACCACGGGCGCCAACCUGGCAACGUGCAUAUGGACGUCGCGCACCGCCGCUCUCGCCGCUUCCCGCCUACCCCUCCACAAGGCUGCUGCCAUCUACGCCGCCCCAGCCUACGAGCGAUACGACCUCGUGCGAUACAAGCUCACCAAACGCGCCGGCGAUCCACACCUUCACCUCUCAACUUGGACGCGUGCUGACGACCAAGCCGAACGCGAUUAG